GGCAGCAGCAGCAGCAGCGGGCGCGGCGAUGGCGCUGAGCAACCGGCUCCUGGCCCAGUGCCUGGGCGCCUUCCUGGCCUUCCUCUUCAGCUUCCUCGCCGCCGUGCCCCUGUCGGAGAACAGCCGCGACUUCCACGGGCGCUGCCCGCUGUUCGCCGAGGGCCUGUGGCUCAGCGCCAACCUGACGGCCGAGAAGCAGCGCUUCACCGUGCAGGAGUGGGGGCCCGGCUCGGCCUGCCGCUUCAGCCUCGCCGCCGGCCUCCUCUCCCUCCUUCUGGCCGCCGUGCAGGCCUGGAGGAGCCUCUUCUUGCUCUGCAAGGGCUACGAGGACUCCUUCUUUUAUGCUUUCCUGAAUUUGCUGAUCAGCGCCUUUGUGAUGUUCCUCGUCUUUAUUGCCAGCACGAUUGUGAGCGUGGGCUUUAAAAUGUGGUGCAGUGCCCUUACGGACCAAGGCAGCCUGCCCUACAGUUGUGAAGAGUUGCAGGACAUAGAUCUUGAGCUGAAUUUAGAAACCUCGUCGUUCUAUGACCAGUUUGCCAUCACGCAGUUUGGCCUCUGGGCUGCCUGGCUGAGUUGGCUAGGAAUUACCAUUUUGGCCUUCAUGAAGGUUUAUCAUAAUUACCGACAGGAAGACCUCCUGGAUAGCCUGAUUCACGAGAAGGAGUUUUUGCUCGGACGCUCUUCCUCACGAACUUCUUUUCAGGAUGAAAAAAGUGGCAUGAUCUAACAAGUGGACGAGCCAGUUGUAGGUUUUCUAAUUUGCUGUUCUAGUCGAAGUUUAAGUAUGGAAAUAGUGUGGGAAUGUCUGUGAAGUGGAUUUUAAGAAUGUGGGAUUGAGCAUCCCGUUAGGGGGAUAUUUGUGGUCUGUAGACACACCGCCAUUAGUGUAACCCAUAGGGCUCGUUCACACAUGCAUGCACAACGUCAUAACCUCCCGUCGUUGGCAUAUUCAGGCCAUAAUGGCCUCUUGGCCAAACAUACAAACUCUCUCCUCUGAAAAGUAUGACAUAUUAUAUUUGAGUUGACAUCAGGGGAUCUCAACAUUUUGUUUAGGGGGAUUAAUCUGUGAAGGCCUCAUUUAUACGUGCCAGUUAUCCCUGGAAGUAGGAAUGGAUUCCCUGGAAGUAGGAAUUUGAUUGUGUGUUCCUGCAUUGCAGGGGGCUGGAACUUGAUAGCCCUCGGGGUCUCUUCCAACUCUAUGAUUCUGUGAUUCUAUGGAUGAAUAGUGAGCAUGCAUGUGUGAACCAUGUAGUCUUAGUACUUUGAUAUAGAUUCUUUUUGCGGAUUAAAAAGGCCAUCAACGACUAGCUUAUUCUUCAAUCUCCUGCUGGAUUUAGCCUUGAGCAUUUAUGUGUCUUCUCAAGAUGUUUCAAAACAUAUGCCCAGUUCAUUCAAACACCCAGAAGGUUCCUCUCCAGUACAAAGAUAAUGCCAUGAAUGAUGUGGACCUAUUUACCUUAUAAAUCCCCAGAUAGGAAGCUCUCGUGCAUAGUUCAGGGUCCCACUGGUGCAAAAAAUAAAAAUCCCAGUUAUUGUAAUUCUUUCCAUCCAGUGUUCUUGCUUCUAUGACACAUUCUUCAUUAUUGAGUGAUUGGGAGGAAGCAGGGAGAUCUAUACUUACUUAGUGAAUGAAACUUUCUAAAUCGUUGUCCCAAGGGCCCAGUUCCUGACACCAUCAUGUAUUAGGCCAGAUGGUUAUGUCCAUUGGCUACAAUACGUAGGGUUCUGAUUUCAGCAGAUGUCCUCACAAACUCCUGAAGAGUGACAUUGGGAAUCAUAUGCUAUGCCACAGGUGUCAAACUCGUGGCCCUCCAGAUGUUAUGGACUACAGUUCCCACCAUCCCCUGCCAGCAUGAUGCUGGCAGGGGAUGAUGGGAACUGUAGUCCAUAUCAGCGGAGGGGCGCGAGUUUGACACCUAUGUGCUAAGCACAUGGUGCAUGGUGGUAUUACACAUGACAGGUGGGGGGGGGGCAAUACUAAGAAGCUCCACUUGAAAGUAAGUCCCAUGUUAUUUUAUUUAAUCAGUGGCAUAGUGGUUAAGAGCAGGUGCAUUCUA